AUGAGUCGAAAACAGACUUUUAGCGCCAGUAAUAACUACAGAGGACUUGAGGAUGCCAUUCAUGACAUAAUAGAGGAUAGUGAUGACGGUUUGGAGUAUGACCUAGCCAUUAUUCCUCCAGAUCCAAGUAUUGUUACUGAUGAAGAAGAGGGUUUCGACGAAGAUUUGAUGCCGUCGAGCUUACCAAAUGACGUUCCUGGUAACAUUGAAGUAUUUGUUCACAAUAUUGGUAGUCUUUCAGACUCUGGUGACAGUAGUGAUGAUGAGCCUUUGGCUGCAAAAAAAGCACGUAAAGACACAGGUAGUACAUCACAUGCAGAGCAAUCCAGAAACACUGUACCAUCUCGUCGUCAAGCCUUGAAUAUUCCAAUUUGGCGAAAGUGUGCUCCUAACUAUUCUACUCAAUACGAAGAAACUGAGGAACGGUUACUCUGUGAGAACCAUGUGAAAGAGCAACUAAAAGAUUUGACUCCUGUUCAAAUUUUUGAAAAGCUUUUUGAUGAUGAAGUAUUUGAGAUGAUUGUACACUUUAGCAAUCUUUAUGCGAGCCAAAAUAAUAGACACAACUUUUGUGUCACAACUGAAGAGCUAAGGAUAUUUUUUGGAAUACUCAUUCUUUCAGGUUACCAUAAGUUACCUCGAGAACACAUGUAUUGGUCUUUGGAUGAAGAUGUUGGCGUAGAAGUCGUGUCAAAAGCGAUGUCAAGAAAUAGAUUUAGAGAAAUCAAACGAAACUUGCAUUUGGUAGACAAUAAUGAUGCUUCGACUACUUCUGAUAAAAUGUUCAAGGUCCGAAAAUUGUCCGAAGUACUCAUGAAAAAAUAUAACCAGUGGGGUAUUUUUCACGAGUUUAUUUCAAUCGACGAAUCAAUGAUUCGGUACUAUGGCCAUCAUCCAGCCAAGCAAUUUAUUCGAGGCAAACCUGUUCGGUUUGGUUACAAGAAUUGGGUUGCUGCAAGUUCUUCAGGAUAUUGUUAUAGCUUUGAUAUUUACUGUGGAAAGUCUACCACGCCGACCACUGAGCCACUUGGUACAAGAGUAGUAAAAUUGCUACUCAAUAAAUUGACGACGAAUGCUGCAAAUCAUAAAGUAUUUUUUGAUAAUUUUUUUACCAGCUGUGAUCUACUCUAUGACUUACGUCAGUCAGGAUUUCGGGCCACUGGAACUGUGAGAGAAAAUCGUACCAAAAAAUGCCCAUUAUCGUCUGUAAAGGAAAUGAUGAAAAAAUCACGAGCAGUAUAUGACUACAGGUUUGAUAAAAAUAAUGAAAUUCUUUUGGUCCGCUGGAAAGAUAACAGUAUUUGCACAAUGGCUACCAAUUACGACUCAUAUGAGCCUUUAGGACUUGUAAAGAGAUGGUGUCCAGAAAAAAAGGAGAAGGCUGAGGUGACGAUUCCACAUCUCUUUCAAAAUUACAAUAAAGGCAUGGGUGGAGUGGAUGAAUUAGACCAGUCGAUAUCACUCUAUAGGAUUGGGAUUCAUGGCAAGAAAUGGUGGUGGGUUCUAUUUACCUACAUGAUUGACAUGACCAUAGCAAACGCAUGGCGUCUACAUGUCCUUGCUAAAGAAGAUCCCAUGGACCAAUUGUUGUUUAGGCGAAACAUAGCCAGAUACUACCUCAGGCAUUCAAUUCAGAAACAAAACACUCGUCCUUCGUCAUCAAAUAUUGAUGGGUUACAAUUAGAUGGUAAGAACCACGUCCCUGAAAAACUUGUGAAACGUGUACGGUGUGUUGUUUGUCAUAAUAGAAGCCGUUGGGGGUGCAAAAAAUGCAAGAAAACACUCUGUAUAGAAAAAUCGUGUUUCGCUGAUUUUCACUCUUAG